GAAGAAGAGUAAUAAACCCAAGUGUAAUUAUCUGACAGUAAGUUUUCUUUCGAGGAACAAGCAGCCCUGCACGACUGCUACAACUUUAUAAACAUUUUAUGGGUGCCCAAGCCUCCUCCGUGCGAGCAAUGGGCCGACAAACAGGAUCUUUGCUCCCCGAGGGCAUCUGCAUCCCGGGGCGGGACACGGCGAUUCCCCAGGCGCCGCCCAAGACCGCGAAGCACUUCAUCAAGGGCACGCCACUGUACGGCCCCUUCGAGAGCAAAUACGAGCAGGCGCUGAUCGGCAUGGGCUGUUUCUGGUGCGUGGAGAACCUCUUCAUGAAGCGGGACGGCGUCUUUUCCACGCAAGUCGGUUACGCCUGCGGGACGACGAGGAAUCCAACUUACGAAGAGGUUUGCUCAGGUAUGACCAACCACAGCGAGGUGUGCCGGAUUGUCUACGACCCGAAUGUGCUCACGUUUCAGGACAUUUUAAAGACGUUUUGGACCAUAUCAUGGGGAAAAUCUUCUUUUAUUCACCUGGCUGCUGUUUGCGCGAUUGUCAAAAUUUGAAUUUGGACGGUAUCAUGCUUCUAUUGCAGUACGCACUUUUGUAGCUGUAGCAUGAUUGUCUUUUCGCAGGAUUUUUGUAUACUCACGCACCACUGAGUAAUGCGCUUGUUGCUCGUAAUUGUAAUUGCAAGUUGAGUUUGAGCUUGACUUGAGCCAUAGCCCGGUGACGUAGAUUUUCCACAGGAUAUACCAAGCAUGAUCCAACGACGCUAAAUCAGCAGGGAGGAGAUCGGGGGACGCAAUACAGGUACAAUUGGACAUCAUUCGUUAUGCUUAUGCGGGGAAAGCAGGAAGUGCAAGUGCCUGAGUCACUACCAACUUCAAAUGAACUUUUCUAUGUGACGAGAAUCAUGCGCCAGUGCUUUUCAUCAAUUGUUAAGACACAGAAAGAUUUCUGUGCGUUUUUAAUGGUCCUAGAAGUAGAAAUAGAAUCAAAAAAAAAAAACGACGUUGAAAAUAACCAAUUCACUCCCCGAAGAACACUCAGGUCCGGGAUCUACUACUACAAUGAGCAGCAGAAAAAGAUCGCGGAGGAAACGAAGGACAAGAUGCAAAAGGCCAUCGACGAGGCCUACGGUGCCGGCGCGAAGAAGAUCUCCACGGAAAUCCUUCCCGCACCGACCGACUUCUUAUCCAGGAAAAAAACUAUGUAAGUGUAACUUUGUAGGAAAAGCAGCAUCACAAAUUCGUUUUGCAUAAAAGAAAAACCUGUCAUGCGCAGCUAGUACGUGAAAACACGUAUGAAAGUGGCCUAUGACGCACAUCCAGCAUGACAAUCCUAUAUAGUUUUGCAUUUUCUGCAUCACAGAUUUACACUCACAUAGUUUUUUUCUUGGAUACUUCUGGAUGGCAGAAGAUUACCACCAGCAGUACGACGCGAAGCCGGGCUCGCGCGAGUACUGCGGUUUACGACCCCUGUUCAAGGUCAGUAACGCAGCACUUUGAAGAGCAACGGGGGGAGAUGAUGAGAAACGGUCAGAAUAAGUAGAAAAACAGGGUAGGUGCUGAGAGUUCCGAGCACGAACGAGACGCAGGUGUUGUACAACUUCGUGGAACUAAGACAGCGACUUUUUCAAAAGAUGAUCAAGCUGUUGUUGAUCUGUAGAAUUUAGAUUUUUUCUUUUGCUUUCACAUUUCUCUGCAGUAUACUGAAGUGUGAAUGAUGUCGUGGUGGAAGAAGAAUCUCUUGAUUGCUUUCACUUAUACAUCGAUAGCAAACACCUGCCUGACGGCUUCCUUUCUGUGUUCUUUGUAUAAAUUUGUUUGCCUUCUAUGAGGUGAACUUAGCUGCUUUUUUGGUGUAGGCUUGAAUUUCACGAAGAUUACACGAGGAACGCGAUAUUCUAUCUAAUCCUCAAGCCUCUACACACUUUGCCUGAAGAAGGUUUCUCAUUUUUUUGUCAAGUAUUCAAGUUGAGCUGCAAGAUGUUUAGUCACGACGGCUUUCGUGAAGAGAAAUUUUAGUAUAAAGAAAGAAUUGGAAUCAAUGUGAAUGUGCAGUACGAAAUCUUAAUCUUCCAAAUGCAAAUGAUACGGGUCAGAAGUCAGAUUCUGUCUGCAUGGACAGGAAGACCGCAGCUCCUGCAAGAUUUACGGGCGACAGAAAAUAGUUUUUGCGACUGGAGUACUACAAACGACCGAAUGUCGAAUUGGCUCGCA